AAAACCUUGUUAGGUUGCUAAAGGAUGGCAAUGGCUUCUGUGAUAAAACUGAUUCUGGGCUCAAUUGCCCUCGUAAUCUUCUGGAUGCUGGCUGUUUGCCCUGCUGUUCCAUUUUUACCUAUAGGGAGGACUGCAGGUUCUCUCUUCGGAGCUGUGCUUAUGGUUGUUUUCCAAGUAAUAACAGGAGAUGAAGCAUAUGAUGCAACUGAUCUUUCAAUUCUUGGUCUUCCUUUUGGAACAAUGGUUAACAAUCUUCCACCACACCCUUUCCUUCUUGCCCUGGCCUUGAGUGCUAAUAUUGGGUCUGCAGCAACUCCAAUUGGUAAUGCCCAAAACCUGAAGAAUGAAGAACACUCAUCUGAAGAUUUUGUGGCCAAGGAAAGUGUGAAUUCUCAUCAGUUUUCUCCAGCUACCAUGUCACAUUUGGCAUCAACAUAUUCUCCAGGACAAACCUCAAGAUAUGCAAGUGAGAGUGAAAUCCAUUUGACUGCAAUCACUGCUGCACUUGCCCUUAUGGUUCUUGAUUCAAGGAUGCCAUGCCAUGCCUUGAAAAGGAUAUUUUUCACGAUUGAAGUCUUCAAUAGAACUGGAAUUCUUAACACGUUGUGGGAGUUGGUAGAGCCCUAUGCUCGUAUUGAUGAAGCCAUUGGAGUAGCAAUUCGUGGAUUUAUCAUCCGUGUCCUGUCUAAUGUGAUUUCAAAUGUGCCGAUGACCCAUUUAAUGGGCAAAGAAAAUCUUGGCUGGGUGGUAAUGAGGCAAAGAAAAAUGGUGCAUGGGUAGUUGGAUUUUUCACUAUAAAUACCCAUGCAUGCAAAGGCAAUGUGCAAGCAAGAGUAGGAGAAAGCAAGAGAAGGAGAAAGCAAGAGAAAUUGAGGAAGAGCUCUUGUGAGAGAAAAGAAAGAGAGAAAUUGUGAGAGAAAAGAAAGAGAGAAAUUGUGAGAAAUCCUUGUGUAGAUUAAGAGAGAGUAUUAGGGAGAAUUUGGGAGCUUUUAUAGAUUGAAGCUAGGGGUUGAGAGCUUCUUAAGUGAGAGAACUUCCAAAUUAUUGUACUCUUUUUUCUUAAUAGUGGAUUUAUUUCUCUUUUUUCCUUGGAUGUAGACUUGUUGAGAGGUGUACAAGUCGAACCACGUUAAAUUGUUGUCUCAAUUUUUUUAUCGCUUUUGUUUGUGUGGGAUGUUUGUGUGGGAUUGUGGUGUUCGAAAUUCCCAACAAUGUGGAAGGAUCUAUUUAUACACAGAUGCUAGUUUUUGCUAAAAGGCUUUCAAUGGUUUCUUAUGUCAAAGUCAUUCUAGGCUCCGUUGCCUUUGCAAUCUUUUGGAUGCUGGCAGUUUUUCCUGCUGUUCCUUUUUUAACCUUUUGGCAGGACUGAAGGGUCCCUCUUAUGUGCUGUUCUUCUGGUAAUUUUCCAAGCAAUAACUGCAGGUGACGCAUAUGAUGUAGCUGACCUUUCCAUUCUUGGCCCCCUUUUUGGUACCAUGGUUGUCAGCGGGUAUCUAGAACAAGCAGACACAUUUAAGUACCUAAGCAAGUUACUUUC